UGCAAGCCAGCUUCUUCCGGGUGUGAGAUGGACGUGGAACCUGGAGUUUGGGCCCUGCUAGAGCGGGCACCCAUUGACUGGACUGAAGCAUGGCUGAUUGGACUCAUGGUAUUCCACAUAUUGUGCUUUGUGAUCACUUGUAUCUCCUAUAAAUAUUACAAGCUUCAGAUUGUUCACUUUCUGGUAAUGGUUGGUUUGGUAGGCUCUGCUGAAUACAUCAAUGAAGUUGCAGCUUUUAACUGGAGGUCAUAUUCAAAACAGCAAUAUUUUGAUUCCGCUGGGAUGUUCAUUUCUUUGGUAUUUUCAGCUCCUUUGUUAUGUAACACAAUUAUUAUUGUGGUUCACUGGGUGUAUAAAACCUUGUCGGUUAUGACUGAGCUGAAAACGAUAAAGCACAAAAGAAAGGAGGCCAAGAAAAAGAGGGAGAAAAGCGAAUAGUUGUACACCUGAAAGUUUCUGGACUCAUGUUCAGCCAAACGUUCUCCAGGAAGUUCACAUUCACUCUAAAGCAGCAAAAUGGCAGCUGCAUAAAUCAGCAAAUGUCUUCAAAAACAUGUAUACCAGGCCAAAACUCAUGAGACUGAGUUCCUUUUUAAAUAUUUUAGUGCAAUACAUUUAUUAGCCCAGCCAUGAAACUAAAGCUUCCAAAUCUGGCGUCCAAAGAAGUGUGAUGCUGGUUGGAGGAGGGUAAUGAGUGUGAAUGCAUGCCUAUCAUCGAAGUCCAUCCCAGUGAGGACAGAUCCUUGCAAAGAGCACUGUUUCAGUGUGCUCUGUAUGGUCGUAGUGCCCUGAACUUGAACUGAUGCGCUCACACUAUGCUUUUUGGGGACAGUUCCCUAGUGUCUCCAAAAAUCAGGACCUUCAAAUUGAGACUAUCUUGACAGUAGGGAGGCCAUUGAAAGAGUUAAAUUGACUUACCAAGGACCAAGUAAUUUAAUGCUGCAUCUUUAGAUAGGCCAUGAUGUCAUCUUUUGAAGUAUUUAUUUUUUUUAUUAAAUGUGGAUGUUUUUAAAAUC